CUGACUUCUGGGCUCUGGAAGCCCCACCCUGCCAUUACCUCCUAACCUACCUGUGUACUCUCAUUGGAGGAGGAGCGCCGCCACGUGCUCACACCUCUGACUGCUUUGAGGAUGGAUCUGUCGGAGGUGCUUUGCUCUGGGUGACGGGGUCUUCAGGUAACUAAAGGAAACCUAAGUGUAUGAAGAUGGUGAAGUUCUACAGAACAGGAAUAAAAGAAGUCUCAAAAUGUCUAAAUUAAUCCGAAUUUAUCUCCAGCUUCACAAAAAGGAGAUAUUCGAGCCAUUUCAAGAAGUUUCUAUUCACGAGCAACAAUUAGUUCUUUUAAAGGCUGAGUUUGGUUGAGUGAUAACUUCUGGUGGUUCGACCCGGCUGCCCCUGUGAUGUAAUGAUACAAAUGAGCCACCGUUUGCGCGCGCACUCAGCAUGCUGGUUUCCUGAGUGAUGAAGGUCCGGAGGGAGAGCUGCUGAUAGGCUCGCUCAGCUGGAGAGGGUGGAAAUGCGUUACGGGCCACACAUGUAACUGGUAGGGGGAAUAAAGGGCUUCCACAGGGGCUGGUGGAGAGGCUUGGAAAAUUUCACCUAAACUCCCAAAAAGAACCUGAAGAUGACAGGCCAGGUGGCAGAGAGAGACCGGUCGCCCCACAGCCUGUCAGUGAAGACAACCUUGGAGGAAGAGAUCGAGAGGGCUGAAAGUAAACUUAGCAGGGUGCCAUCGGUCUGCGAUGACACGUCAUCAGAGCUACAACGAGUCGCCGCUCUUGACCCUGACGGACGCAGUUCGGUGAAUUCUUUUCAGAGGAAUGGGGCCGUUUCAAGACUGGUGAAACUGGUGGUGAGGCUGAGGGAAUGGGCACACAGGAGCCUGGUGGAGGAGGAGGAGCGGCCAGACUCCUUCCUGGAACGCUUUCGCGGCCCUGAGCUGAGAAUAGCCCCCAGUCGCAACAGCAUCACCCAACCAGAUGCCAAUGGCAACAAUGCCAAAGGGAUCUUAAGGAAGAGGUGGGAAUUGUUUGUUGUCUCACCAUCUGAUGACGCCUACUACCGUUGGCUGUUUGUCAUUGCUAUUGCUGUCCUCUACAAUUGGUUCCUUGUGAUUGCAAGGGCAUGCUUUGACAAAUUGCAGGUGAGCAUUUACAUCUGCUGGCUGGUGCUGGAUUACAUCUCUGAUACUGUGUACAUACUGGACAGUUUUGUGCGACUACGGACAGGUUUUCUGGAACAAGGCCUCCUGGUGAAGGACCACGCCAAGCUAAGAGACAGCUACAUCCGAACGUUACAGUUCAAGCUGGACGUGGUGUCCAUCCUGCCCACUGAUCUAGUGUACAUUUACACUGGCAUCCACACUCCUCAGCUCCGAUUCAAUCGCCUGCUGCGCUUCCCUCGCAUGUUUGAAUUCUUUGACCGGACAGAAACACGCACCAACUACCCCAACAUCUUCCGGAUCUGCAACUUGGUGCUCUACAUCCUGGUCAUUAUUCACUGGAAUGGCUGCAUCUACUACGCUAUAUCCAAGUCUUUGGGGUUUGGUUCAGACACGUGGGUCUUUCCAAACAUCUCCCUACCGGAGUACUCGUCCUUAUCAAGAAGCUAUGUCUACUGUUUGUACUGGUCGACCCUCACUCUUACCACCAUUGGAGAAAUGCCUGCACCUGUGCAAGAUGAGGAGUACUUGUUUGUGGUCUUCGACUUUCUUGUUGGAGUGCUGAUCUUUGCAACAAUUGUGGGAAAUGUAGGCUCCAUGAUAGCCAACAUGAACGCCACCCGGGCCGAGUUUCAGGCUCGAAUCGACGCUAUCAAGCACUACAUGCACUUCCGCAAGGUCAGCAGAGAACUGGAGACGCGCGUCAUCAAGUGGUUCGACUACCUGUGGACCAAUCAAAAAACCGUAGACGAGCAGGAGGUGCUGAAGAACCUACCCAACAAACUGCGCGCUGAGAUUGCCAUCAACGUACACCUUGAGACGCUAAAGAAAGUACGCAUUUUUCAAGACUGUGAGGCCGGACUGCUCGUGGAGCUUGUUCUCAAACUACGUCCGCAGGUUUUUAGUCCAGGAGACUACAUCUGCAGGAAAGGAGACAUUGGUAAGGAGAUGUAUAUCAUUAAAGAGGGGAAGCUGGCAGUAGUAGCUGACGAUGGGGUCACGCAGUACGCUCUCCUCACUGCUGGAAGCUGCUUUGGGGAGAUCAGCAUUUUGAACAUAAAGGGUAGUAAAAUGGGGAAUCGCCGCACAGCCAACAUCCGAAGCUUGGGAUACUCUGACCUCUUCUGCCUCUCCAAGGACGACCUAAUGGAGGCAGUGACCGAGUAUCCAGACGCUAAAAAAGUUCUAGAGGACAGGGGUAGGGAGAUUCUUAGGAAGGAAGGGCUUCUUGACGAGAACGCGGAGAAGGGCGGGCUACAGAAGGAGGACACAGAGGAGAAGGUGGAGAGACUGGAGUCCUCUCUGGACACCCUACAGACUCGUUUUGCCCGUCUGCUGACUGAGUACACAGACACUCAGCAGCGGCUAAAGCAGCGAAUCACUCUGCUGGAGCGGCACCUGAACCAAACUGACUGCGGCGCAGAGGCAAACAAUGACAUGCAUGCCAGCACACAAAUGGCAAGUUGAAGUGACCCCGGUGGUUUUGGCAGUACAAAUGGGUCACCACAUAAAAACGACGUUCAGACUCAGGACAGAAACAGCCAAACAUUACAACACUGACACUUUCAACAUCAGACUUCAGCCAUUCAUUCAUCCACUCACUGGAUGAAUCAUGGAGGAUGGGGCCUGUCUCCAGGCGUCAAUGGCUUGAAGGCGAGGUACAACCUGGACAGGUCACCAGUCCAUCACGGGGCAGCAUAGAGACACAUCGGGUAAAUAGCCAUGCAUGUACACACAGCAGGGUAAUUUAAAGUGGGCAAUUAAGCUAAAAUGCAUGUUUCUGCUCUGCUGGAGGCAGCUGGAACAUCUUCACACACCAUUGCCCUUUUACUGUUUUCUUGCAGUUUAUAAGUUAAAGAAAUAUCUGCAUUUCAAUCAACAUGAAAACAAAAUGCACAACACCAGAAACCAGCUAACUUUUAGUUAUUGUAUAAAUGAACGGCCAAGAGCUGAAAGUAUGUGCAAAGGUUGACUUCACGUUUCUAACCUGUUCAAGCUAAAUAAAUGUUUCAGAGUAUAUAAACGACAAGUACAAGAUACUCUGGGAUUUCUUUAUAUCUUCCUUUGGAUCACCUGUGAGUAUCAUGUUUGUUUGCAUCAACAGAGACAUUCAGUUCCCUCUACAUGUCAUCUAUUAUGCUUUGGUACUCUUCAAAUGAGCUCCUGCUGCUUCUCCAGGGAACCAAAGGUCUAAGGAGAUAGUGCAUGGUGAUUAGUUGUCACACACAAGCAAUUAGUUUCCAGAGCCCCCCUUUCUAAGGUGCUACAUAGCAUUCAGCUUUUUCACAUUUACAAUUAAAAUCACAAAAUGCCCUUUUAAAGGAAAUUUACGCCACAGACCAACACAAAGGGAGGGUUGAUUGUGGAGCAGAAGGAAAUUCUUUACAAUGAAGAGCUGAAAAGUGUACUUUUAUUCACCCCCCUUUACCCUGAUGCCCCAAAAUAAGUACUAGUGACUUUAGGAGUUACCCAAAUAGUAAAUAAAAUCCACGUGUGUAAACUUACCCUUUCAACUGUGAAACAGGGUGGGGGAAGGGUCAUGCUGUGGGGAUACUAAUCUUUAACAGAGAUUAGGAGAUCGCUCAGAGUUGGGGCACUGGAUUUAAAUAUUUGUAAUAAAGAAUUGUAAUUACUUGCAAAUUUACAAAGUUAUUCUAUCGCAUAAAACCCCAAUAAAAUACAUUGACGUUUGGGACUGUAACAUAUAAAAAAGGUUUAUUAAUACUGUAAUAAACCUGUAACUGUAAAUCUGUAACAGUGUUUUUGACUGUUUCCUAAAUGUUACAUUUACAAGGUUUGUGCCAUAAAAACCUUUUGCUAAAAAAAAAAAAAAAAAGGAGAGAGAGAGAGAGAUUAAUCUUUAGACACUCAAUAUUGAUUAUUUGCAAAAGCUUUGUGUUCUACCUUCUAACCCAACAAAAAUGAGCAAGGUCCCGUACUGACGUCCACCCAUUUAUUUGAGGAAAGUUACACUUUGAAGUAAAAGGCCGGGGAUUUUCCAGUAUUUCAGCCUUUGCAUUCCUGGACACACAUGAGCAGUGUUGAUAAGAGGAGCUGGAACAAUGCCUCACAGCAGCAGAGCUGAAGAGAGCCGGUAACAAUAAAGAGGCAGGAGCUGUUGAAUUCAUAUCCUGCCAGAAAGGCACUGAUGAUAUCAAGCAUCUUGAAUCAAUCUUCACUCAGCUACAAAAUGGUAAAAAAAAAAAAAAAGAAGAAAAAAAAAAAGGGUUUCUAAAUUCUUAAAUAUUUGCAUCAUGGGCAACCAAUCAAUAGACAUUUAAGAUGAAGAACUAUGAUGAUAAUAAUGUAGACAAACGUGCAAAGGAUUUUUUGUUCAUUGUUUGCUUUCCUUGGGUGUAUCUCCACCACUGUUCUACAUUUGUUGUUUUUAUGAAUAAACUUCAAAAGGUUUUUUUUUUUUGCAUUAAGGUUGUGAAGAUGCUGCACUACUUUGAAGGGUUCAACAUGACGUUUCAGAGGAAAGUAAAUAAUGUUUUUACUCAGCUCCAGAGCAACCUAGGAGGGGUCAGGAUGAAAUAAAAAUAAACAAUCCGUUCUUUCUGUUUAGUAAAGCUGUUAACGUCAUUCCUACAGCCUGUAGCCUGCAUGUUUUUGUGAAUUACAAGAUUUGUUCUGGAUUUUUCCGGCUUGGAGUAUGACUUGUUUUAAUUACAUUUAUUUCGUUAAAAUAAAUGUAAUGUAAUAAAUGCUUUUGGUUUUAUAGCGUAGACUGCCUUUCGCACAUAUCUUAAUAAACAAUUUGUCCCAAUUUACUACCAUUUCAUAUCAGCUAUUCCUACAUUAAAAUACUAAAAUUUCUCUUUAAUUGAGGUGGUUUACCCAGGGCGUCAAACAGGCUAGGACCGUAUCUGGUGAGGAGAACUGCAAGUGUCCUUUCAUCAUUCUGUGU